AUGCGCAUAGCGGGGGAUGGCCUGUUGGAACGAGAUGUGACUCUCAGGACAGGCCAGACAGUCAGCGUCCCAGUGGUUCCUAACGGGAUUGCGGGCGCAAAUGGCAUCACUUGGCAUCGCGCCUGCUAUAACGCAAUGCAUGACGGCGUCCUGGGGGCGCAUCGAUCCGCCGAAGUCACCAUCAAGCUCCUUGAGCGGGCCGUGUGGUGGCCGGAUCUUGAGGCUGACGUGAAGCUUUGGGUGAGCAAGUGCCUUGCUUGCCUCAAAGGAAGGGCUCGGCCAACGAAGGUCGAAGCACGGGCUGUCAAGUGCAGCGCCGAGACCUGUUGGCAGGAAGUUAGCGUUGACUGCGAAGGCCCGAAUCGUGAGGACAGGGAUGGCUACCGCUAUUCCUUGACCUACUUCGACUGCCUGAGUCACGCAGUCCUUCUUGAGCCUCUUAAGUCCCUGACUCACAGCGAGGUGCGUCGGGCAUUUACCCGCUGCGUCCUGAGAAGCAGGACUCUCCCGGCGCUUGUGCGCUCGGAUCGCGGGCCGGAGUUCAAGAACGCCCUCAUGAAAGAGCUGGCUACUAUGCUUGGCUCUGAGUGGCAGUUCAGUGCUCCGUUGCGACCUUGUGAAAUGGGGUCCAAUGGGCGAGUCCACCAAGAGGUCCAAAAGGUCUUGGGUGCGGUCGUCCGCCAAGUCGGCAGCUUGGAUUCCUGGUCCGAGUGGCUUGUUCCUGGCUAUACCCCAAAGGAAAUGGAAAGAUCCUGGAGUCUUAGUCUUCCUCUUGAAAAGGACGUUCUCAGAGCUGCUUUGCAGUUUGAGCCAGUCUCUGAAUGGGCUCGCGGACAGUUUCAGCAGUUCCAGGAGCUCUCGGAUAAGUCCUCAGAAGCGCGGGCCCUCAUGAAGCUCAUGCCGACGACUGUAUCCUUGUUCCGCCUGAUGCGGUCACGCAAGUCGACCAAGCUCGUGCACAGAUCGGAGUUCACCGGCGUUAGGCCGGCUCAUGAAAGCAUUUCUGUCAAGGACGUCAUCUGCAAGGUUGAUGUCAAUCGUGAUGGAGUCCUAGCUGCGGCUUCUGCCAGGAAGCUCGAUAAGGGCGGGUAUUCCUUGCAGGAGCAUGCCGCUGUGGCUCUCUGCUCUCAGGAUCCUGGUUUGCUGGACGUGGACAAGGCUCUCGCCGAGCUCCUCUGCGAAGGUGGCUCAGUGUUUGCCGCCUCCAGCAAGUCCCAUGAGAUGGCUCAGGUGGAAGCUUGGAUUGCCAAGUUCUUCCGUGGCGGCGUUGCCGACGUCCUGGAAGUCUCUUGGGGCACGCCUGUGGUGUCGGAGGCAGCUCGCCUCAGAGGACACCGUGUGCCUCCUUGCUUUACCCAUCUGGCGCUUUCAUAUGGGAUUGCCUGGGACUUGGAGCAGGAUUCUCACUUGCAGGCCAUCAGCAGCGCGAUUGAGCUGUUCAGUCCGCGCGCGCUGGUCGUCAAUCUGAGGCAGAAAGAGAUCCCUGAAGCCUUGCUUCGCCUGACUCUCCACUCCGCUGCGUCAGGUAGCGGGCGUUUUCAUGUCGCCGCGCACCUCUCCGGGCAGGAAGGCCUGUGGGAGCCACGCAGGCUGGAUGCUUGGAGAGCAGAGUUUGGGACUCUUGCCGAUCCGCACUUCCCUUGGUCCUUCGUCAGGGCUGACUCCUGUCAGUUCCUGCGGGCCAACGGCCGCGGAACACCCAUCAUCGAAGGCAGCAUGAUUUGGCUGUCCGACUUGGAGCUUAGCAAGGUCGGCCUUCGUUGCUCCAAGCCAGAUGCUUUAGGCUGCUGUGCCCACCCUCAUUCGAAGGGCAAGGUUAAAGGCUAUAACCUUCUCGGGGCCGCCUUUUGCAUCUCCCUUGAAGACUCUAGUCUUAGGGGCGCUGUUGAGUACAGCGUGGCCCCGGUCAACACCUACUCCUCGACCGAGGCCGGUACUCCGUCUGCUCCUGCUGUGCGGGCAGCGCCGGCCCCUGCGCUCGUCAUGCCUCUGCCUGAUGUCAGGUCGGGUGAAGACUUGUCGCCAGAGGAGCGCACCAAGUUGGAGCGCGAAGUCGACCAGUACUCCAAGAAGAUGGACGUGUACUGGAAGUCCAGAGCGGACGCGCGGGAUUGGGAUUCAGUCCGCGCUGAUCUGGAAGUGUACGCGCUGGCGGGUGAAAAGGUCACUGAAGACUUUCGCAGAAUCGAGGCGGGCGAAGCGGCGCAGUGGGUUGAAGAAGAAUGCCAGCGGGGCCAGUUGGUUCGCGGCAGUUCGGCCUGGGGAUCAGCUCCCUUCCCUACGAAGGAGAUGCCGAGCCAUAAGGUCUUCCGGAAGCGAAGGCUUGUGGUGGACUAUCGGCGCGUGAACGCCCGAGUCAAGCGGUCUACCUACUACUGCCGGCGGGGCACUGAUGUGCUCGCCGCAGCGGUGGGCUCCGUUUGGUACACCUUUGUGGAUGCUGUGAGUGGCUUUAACCAGAUCCGCAACACAAAAAGGGCUAGAGAAGUCCUGGCCAUCGUCGCCCGUUCCGGGAAGUACCUCCCUGUCGGGUUGACCUUUGGCCCUGUGAACGGCCCCGACGAUUUCAACUUUGUCGUGGAUCGCGCCUACGCCCCAGGGCGUGGCAGUAGGUUAAGGUUCACUAAGGAGUGGAUCGCCUACGUGGACGAUCUCACCGUCCGUAGCGGACGAGUGAUCGAUGGGACGCACAGUGAGGCCGAACAGGCGAUCCGUGACGCGUGUUCUAAAGGAAGCGUCGCGGCUCCUCAGUCCGCGGGCGCUGCUUUGGGAGCGCUGGGCGUCCGCCAGCAAGGCGCCGCCGACAAACGCGCGGGGCGUGACUCGGCCAAAGUUGAUACCAAUCAUCCCACGCGAUUCUCUGUCCGCCGGCCAGAAAGGCUAGGCCCGCCACGG